GGGAACCUCGCGGUCAUCAACGCCGAGCUUGAGUAUCUGAGGGAGAAGGAGGAGACGAGGAGGCAUGCUCUUCUCAGCUCAGCUGAGAAGUCCAGGGAGGCGCGGGCUGCUGCUCAGCAGCUGGACCCAAGGACGCUGUCAAACUCCGACGCUGCUGCUGGGACGUCCGACAGGCUGAGCAGACAGUCUCCUCCACAGCUCGAUCCCAGCUCGAGUCAGCCAGCUGAUUCCCAGCUGGGAAUGGUUCUUGAGAGGUACCUUACGCCAUCCCAGCUGGGGAGGUGGGAGUCCGCGGGGGCUCCGCGCGAGGAGCCGAGGAGAUCUCCGCUCGUGCAGGCGAGCACUCAGAGUCCUGCUUCGGCUCAGCUGGACAAGUACCUGAAGAAGAACUGGAGCUGA